AUGAGCCUAUGUGGCAGGAAGGCGCUGACGUUGCUGAGCAGCGUGUUCGCCGUGUGUGGCCUCGGCCUGCUGGGGAUCGCUGUCAGCACCGACUACUGGCUCUACCUGGAGGAGGGCGUAAUCCUCCCCCUAAACCAGAGCACCGAGAUACGCAUGUCUCUCCACUCUGGCCUUUGGAGGGUCUGCUUCCUUGCUGUGUUUCCCAACCCACUUCGAGUCUUCUUGGGGAAAGAGAGUGGGGAUGAGAAAGGCCGGUGCUUCACCAUAGAGUAUGUGAUGCCCACCAACGUCCAAAUGACCUCUGAGUCCACCGUUAGUGUCCUCAAGAUGAUCCGCUCUGCGACGCCCUUCCCCCUGGUCAGCCUCUUCUUCAUGUUCAUCGGUUUCGUCCUCAGUAACAUCGGUCACAUCCGGCCCCACCGCACCAUCCUGGCUUUCGUCUCUGGAAUAUUCUUCAUCCUGUCAGGCCUGUCUCUGGUGGUGGGGCUGGUGUUGUACAUCUCCAGCAUUAAUGACGAGAUGUUAAACAGGACCAAGACCAACGAGGCGUACUUCAGUUACAAGUAUGGCUGGUCGUUCGCCUUCGCCGCCAUCUCCUUCCUGCUCACCGAGACUGCGGGCGUCAUGUCGGUGUACCUGUUCAUGAAGCGCUACACGGCAGAGGAGAUGUACCGGCCCCACCAGGGCUUCUACCGGCCACGCCUCAGUAACUGCUCCGACUACUCAGGCCAGUUCCUCCAUCCAGACGCCUGGGCCGGCCGCGGGCGAAGCCCUUCCUCCAUCUCGUCUGAGGCCUCUCUCCAGAUGAACUCCUCCACCUACCCCGCCCUCCUCAAAUGUCCCGAGUACGAACAAAUGUCUUCCUCGCCUUGUUGA